AUGACCAGAUUAUGGAAACGGGCUAGAUCCCGUGAAGAAAGGUCGGAGAGCGACCGGAGUGAGGAGAAUGAAUCCGAGGAGAGGGACUAUGCCUCUUACGAUGAGGCUGGCUCGGAGGAGGGAGCUCGCCCUGCUGUAACGUCCUGUACUGGGGGCGCUAUUUCUGCCCAGGGUGUUGCUCCCCAGGGAGAGAGCGAUGACGCGUCACUUCUGCAUCCGCAGGGCAACCCCCUGUUUGAUCCAGAUGACCUUCGUCAUCCUCGCUCAGCUGAGUGGGAACCCCAGGGCAUAUUGCCCAUUAUAUUGCGCACAGGAUGCACACGCCACUUUCCAAGGAGGGUCGCAGUAAACUGCGGGCUGAAUGCCCUAGACCCUCAGUGCCAGGAUCGGCGUGCAAGACACCCGAAGUCCAAGUCGAUCCGCAAAUCGCACAAUUUCUCAAUAAAUCGGGCUGGAAACCGAAAAAAGGCCUAG